CAAUCGCUUCCUUCAUGACUGGAAUCAUCAUUGAACCCUAAACCCUAAUUGAUCGGCCAGAAAUGGAGGGUUUGGAGAAGUUUUACAGCAAGAUGGUGAAAGAAGCGAAAUCGGCAGCUUCUUCUUCGUCGUCUUCUCUAUCUGAUUUUGCGGAUAAUCUGAUGCAAGACAAACGAGCCGCCGCCGGCAACUUGACUACUACAUACGACGCAGGAUCCGGCACUCUGGUAACCAGACCUCCCAGCGGAGUUUCGGUCUGGACGUGUUCAAAGUUGUGCGCUGUUUUCUUUGUCGCUGGAGUGUUUGUGGGUUAUACACUUAAGAGACGGGUUCGACGCUGGGCUUCUAAAUUACUGAGAAGAAUAAAGGAUGAUUAACUCCAACCUCGUCUUCUACUGCAAGUUUUGGUACACUUAGCACAAAGGCAUUACUCUAUUCUUAUCCUUGAAUGUGUUUUAGUACCAAUAUACUGUGCUGAGGCACCUUAUCAAUGAAAAUUUGUUGUUUGCUUCUCUGCCUUUGUGACUAGUAGCUUGUGGUAAUGGAAAGAGAGAUUGAAUCAUCUUGGGAAAGACACGUAUAUUAUUUCGUAUAGUAACUUAGAUUUGUUAUUUUCAUGCCUUUAGGCGGGGUCUAUACAAACAGGCAAGACAAUGUUUCCUUUUUUAACAUAGUGUAUAUAAUCUACUUUGCUAA